AUGAACCGUCUAGCUCCUGUGGAAGUCACAUACAAGAACAUGAGAUUUCUUAUUACACACUAUCCAACCAAUGCAACCUUAAAUAAAUGCAUCCAUGUUCUUGAUUGGCUUUUUGAUGAUGGUGCACCGCCAUCCAACCAGAUUGUUGAUGACUGGUUAAGUCUUGUGAAAGUUAAGUUUUGUGAAGAACCUGGUUGUUGUAUUGCUGUUCAUUGUGUUGCAGGACUUGGAAAAGCUCCAGUGCUUGUUGCCCUAGCAUUAAUUGAAGGUGGAAUGAAAUAUGAAGAUGCCGUACAGUUCAUCAAGCAAAAGCGACGUGGAGUUUUUAAUAGCAAGCAACUUUUGUACUUGGAGAAGUAUCAUCGUAAAAUGCAUUUGUGCUUCAAAGAUUCCUAUGGUCAUAGAAAUAACUGUUGCAUUCAAUAA